AUGAACUUAAGAAAUUUCAUCAACAUAUAUACUUUGAUUUUUUUCAUAUUUUUGGCAUCUACGAGAGUGGUUUUCGUUCAAAGUUACAUAACAUGGGAUGAUAUUAAAGUGAAAUCUAAUAAUUUAGAUUUAACAGACGAAAAAUCACGCAAGUGUCAAGGUGUCAUCGCUGUUGAUCAGAACGGUAACGGGGACUCCGUUACAGUACAAGGUGCAAUUGACAUGGUUCCUGUCCAUAAUUCUAAGCGAGUCAAAAUUCUCAUUCGUCCGGGGACAUACAGAGAAAAAGUGAUUAUUCCAGCUUCAAAGCCAUUUAUUUCAUUAAUUGGUGAUGAACAUCAAGCUAGAAGAACCACAAUUACUUGGAAUAACAAGGCCUCUGACAAGGACCAAUAUGGCAAUGUGUUAGGCACUUCCAACACAGCCACAGUUGCAGUAGAAUCAGAUUACUUCUGUGCAAGUGGCAUCACCAUUGAGAAUACGGUGUUUGCAUUGCCUCAGUACAAUGACAUGCAAGCUGUGGCAUUAAGAUUAUCAGGCGACAGGGCAAUGUUGUACAAAGUUAGGAUAUUGGGAUCACAGGACACACUUUAUGAUGAGUCUGGAUCACACUAUUUUUACAAGUGUGUCAUUCAAGGCACUGUUGAUUUCAUUUGUGGCAAUGCUAGAUCACUAUAUCAGGGUUGUAUUCUUCAUUCAAUAGCCGAGGAUAACAUGGGAAUAUCAGGAGCGAUUGCAGCUCACCAAAGAAACUCUGCUGAUGAAGAUACAGGAUUCUCAUUUGUUAACUGUAAAGUCAGUGGAAGUGGCAGUGUCCUUUUAGGCAGAGCAUGGGGAGAGUAUUCAAGGAUUAUAUACUCACAUUGCUCUUUUGAUGGUCUUAUAGCUCCUGAAGGAUGGUACGACUGGGACCAAUUAUCUAGAGAAAAACAUGCAGUGUUUGGGGAAUACAAGUGCAGAGGCAAAGGAGCCAAUAGAUACGGUCGAGUGCCAUGGGCUAAAUCUUUCAGUAAAGCUCAAGUCAAGCCCUUCUUGAAUAGAAAAUUCAUUGGUGGAGAGCACUGGCUUAGAGUUUAGUUUCAUAAUGACUCUGCAAAUUGCAAAAAUUUGGGCCAAAAUUGCUUUGUGAAUUUCCAUUUUUAUAGGCAGGAUAAGAGCCCAUUGCCCUUUAAUUUUGAUCAAACAUUUUGUGAAUACCAUUUUGUUGUUGUUUAGCAUAUUUUUGUUCUUUCUUUUCAAAUGAUAGGCUUGGU